CAGGACGCUCCACGCGUAAAUGUGCUCCCGUGCGCGCCCAUGUGCUGCACCUCCUUCCACUUCUCUGCCCGCUGCCCUGCCUGCGUGCCCUGCUGUAAACCCGGAGCACACCAACCCCGACUAGCACGCCCGCGCUCCCGCGCGCACACGUAGCAACGCGAACAUGGCCAAGAUCCUCAACAAGGACCCCGUCACGUACGAGAAGGAGAGGGAGAACUUCCUCAAGGACCUCCGACACUUCCACGAGACCCGAGGGACUCUCUUCAAGAAGACUCCGAAGAUAAAUGGGAAGGAUAUAGAUCUGUAUUUGCUAUAUGUGGUGGUGACCGCUCAUGGAGGAUGGAUCAAAGUCAAUACCAGAAAUGAGUGGGCGUCGUUGUGCGAACAAUUUCACCUGCCCGGCGGUUGUAUCAACAGCGGAGUCGGCCUUAAACAAAUUUAUCUUCGAUAUCUGGACAGGUACGAGAAGGUCCACUUCCUAGGCGAGGAUGGUCAACAGGCCGACGACGACGAUGAGGACUCCAGGCAUCGAAAAUGGUCGGCCAGAGCACUGCACUCCGUUCCUCUUACUUAUAACCACCAUCAGCACAACAUCGCAGAAUCUCUGCGCGAUUACAACGGACUCUCGUCGGACCUUUACAAGUCCUCGAAUUACGACAAGCUCUCGCUGUCGCUCCUGUCGCCGCUGCCAAACGAGCAGGACUUCGCCAUCAAUGUCUGCACCCUCCUGUCGAACGAGGGCAAGCACACCCUGCGGCUCGACAAGUAUCCCCGUCUGGUGAACAUCCUCCUGGCACAUGCCGGCGUGUUUGACUCGCCCGGCACGCGGCAACUCUUCAUCGAGGUGUACUCGCGCGUUCGUAAUUACUCCAUUAAUUCCUUCUGGUCGGACGUGCUCGACUCCCAGGAUGUGAUAGACCUCACGGACGAGAGGACCUUCAUGAAGAAGCCGCCCACCAGCCUGCCGACGUUUUCCAGACGGAAAAUCCUCGAGAAGGAGAAGCAGAGCAAGCAGGACGUCGUCGCGUUGACGACGGAAAACGUCGAUGAACCGUCGCACCUACUGGAUCCCGAAGCGAUACUUCCAGAUUGCCCGCGGCUAGAUUUGUCCCUCUUGCACUCGGACGAGAAUCUGAAAGAUCAGAAUCAGAAUUCCAUCAAGUUCGAGGAGGAGGACAAGGAUCUGUUUUGCGUCGGUCGGACGUUAGGUACGCAGGACGCGUACGGGCAGCGCGUGCUGCAGAUCGCCUCGAUCCUACGGAAUCUUAGCUUCACGCCGGAGAACGCGACGGUAUUAGGCAGGAACCGGUGUUUCCUGCGAUUCGUGCUGCUCUGCGUGAGAGCGAGGUGGAGCAAUCUGCACCAGCUCGGCUUCGACAUACUAGGGAACAUAGCGAACGAGAUUAUCCUGAAGGAGGCCGGCGAGAGGAUAACAGACGUCGUCCUAACGUGCGUGGCCAAGGGAAUCGAGUCUCAGGACAGGUUUAUCGUUAUAUCCUGCCUGGAGGUGCUCAACAAGAUCAGCCAGCAAGACAGUAACGAAGAAAUUGUCACGUUCGGUCUGGCAGACAAUGUAUAUGAACUUAUAUGCAGAUUUCUAGCUCUAAGUGACAUAGCCCUCUUAGUGUAUACCCUGGAAUGUCUGUACGCUUUAACGUCGCUGGGUGAGAGACCAUGCACGAGCGUCGCGCGGGUCCGCGGUGCCAUCGAUACGCUGGUCGCCCUCGUCACCGUGGAGGCGCAAAGCUACGGCCCGAAGGCCUGUAUUCUCAUGCGCGUGGUUGAGACGGUGUCCACAGUAGCGGUGCAGCAGAACACCACGGGUCAGGCCACUGUAACCGCCCCUCCUGCCACACCGACCACAACGACUGGGUCCGUGUCCACUCCGUCUACGCCGGCUUCGAUUACCGCGACACCGGCACCCGCCAGUCCAGCGUCUUCGCGACCUACGACUCCCGCCGCGACCUCGACCAAGUCGACAACGCACAGUAAAGCGUUGGAGACGGCUAACGCGAUCCAGCAACAAAACGCGCAUCAGCAGAUUAUUCAAGAGAACGAACAGUUUGCUCUAAACUGGGUGAAAGCGACCUUCGAGCUCAUACCCGGUGUACGCAUCGAACAGGAGGAAUUGUAUAAAAAGUACCUCGGCUGCUGCACGAAGAUCGGUAGACGAGGCGUGAUAGCACCGCUGCAUUUUCCCAGAUGCGUCAGAUCCGUUUUCGGCAAUAUCGUGGGGCCGAAUCCGUUGAAGGGCGAAAAUACCGGUACCCAGUAUUACGAAGGCAUCCGAGUACGGGCCACACCCGCGCCGAUCACUUAUCCGAGCCAAACCACCGCUGCUGUCGCGACUAAUACGCUCUCGAUUCCGGCGGUCAACACUACUCCAGUAAAGGUGCUUCCCGUUCAACAGCGUACAGUCAAGAAUAUAAGUCCCGCACCCGAUAGCACGGCCGCUUCCCAGGUCGAUAGUCCCGCCGCGUCGUCCGGGACGCAAACGACCUCCACCCCCGCGUCUCCCAUCCUCAAGGCCCAAUUGUCCGCACCGCCGAAACCCCCGUCCAACAACACCUCGAGCCAGUCCCAAAAUCCAGUGACCAAGGUUGAUUCUAAAAGUCAGGUAUCAGUAUCGCAUCCGCAUCUGAGCCAAGCGUUGCUAGCGAGCGGCUCCCAAACGCCGCAGCAGCAGCAGCAGUCGCAGCCGCAGCCGCAGCCGCAGCCGCAGUUACAAUGUGUCCAGGUAGUUGCUAAGGAAGAUAAUCGAAGUGGCACUACGUCGAGUUCCAUAAUAAAAAGCCUAUUGGCUACUAAGGUAACAGUCAGCAGCGACUGCAUGCCCAGUGCUGCUGCGACUUGUGUGUCUACCCCUACUGCCUGCGUAACAAACACUACUGCUAGCAUCGCAUCCAGCAUCAGUGCCAACCAGCUAAUAACCAGCAACCAGGUUGCCCAACGUCAACAACAGCAGAGGUUACUGCAACAACAGAUGACGGGUGUGAUGCAGCCCGCUGCACCCGCGGCCGUCCCGGCCACGAUACUCCCGAAGACUCCCGUCAACGCUAAACAGAAACCGGCGAUCGCACCCAUUCCUGCCAAAAAGAUACAAAGGCUCAACGGCGCCAAGUUCGUUGUGACUAAUAACUGCGAGAAGACUGAAGUAAACGAUAACGACAAUGCCAACCAAAUUAUCACGUCCACGGCCACGGCCACGGUGGUGAACUCGACUGAAAACCACAUAUCCUCCUCACCGGCGAAGAUCUGUCGUCCGCCCCUGACGACGACGGUCAACGUCGCCACCGCCACACCGAACAAGACGAAUCAAUCACGCACGACGUGCACUUCCAUCGCCGAGGACUCGGAUUCCACCAACAACUCUUUGGCGUCCAGCAGCGGUAUCGGCGGCAGCAGGGACUGCUCCUUCAGGGUCGAGGAGGAGAACAUGCCGACGAGUUUCGAAGGUAUCUUACUUAACGGUGCGCCGGCGAGCAACAACACGGACAUUGACGCGCAGGAGGACGGCUCGUCCAAGGACUCGUCGAGCGUGGGUUCGAAGGACAAGCCGCUGCAGAGCAUGAUGUUGGUAGACCUGCUCGAGAGAAAAGUUGACAAGGAACCAAUUCUGAACGGCGUGCUUACCAAGAACUUAAUUAACGAGAAGGAGAUGGAUCUGGUGGAGAAUCACAUCAAGAAGGUAUUAAAAGAAUCCCCCGCCGAACUGAAGAUGAAAUCCGAGGUGGAGAGCGGCAACGUUAUACAGAACGAAGUGUCCGAGGAUACUCUGAUCGAGGCGCCGCCUCGAGGGAUCAAGAGAUCGGCCAGCGAGUCGGAUGAGCUGGAUAUCAAGAAGCCAAAGUACUCCAACGGCACGAUGUCUCCCGAUCCGGCGGUCGACUCGACCACAGCGGAGUCUACGGUAUCCAGUAUAAAAUCCGAGGAUGACGAUAAGGACAGCGAGAAAGCGACCGUUUCGUCCACUGCGGCGAAUCUCUAUGCCGCUUUGGCAGCGGACUGCAUAGAGGACGAGAUGGAUCUGGAUGAGCAAGUGAACGUUAAGGAUACGAUAAAGGAAGAAGCACCAGCCCCGACGCCAGUGACGGCAAUAGCGACCGCGACGACGACAGCGGCAGCGACGGCAGCAACAGUAGCGAUGGCAGCCACGGCGACGGUAGCAAUGGCAGCGACAGCAACUGUGGCGGUGGCAACGGCAACUCCGGCUUCCCUUCCUCCUCCUCUUCAUAUAAAGACGGAACCGACGCCGGUUCUCGUGAAAGAGGAGCCACCGACUAUACACAUUAAAGAAGAGCCUCAUAUAUUCAUAAAUCAAAUCGCAAGCAUAAAUCAGGCGCCGCAGCAGCAACCGAUUCAGCAACAGCAGCAGCAACUCAUAGUGACAACGCCUAGGCAGAUAGUCGUGCAGCAAACGAUCCCAACGACCAAUCAAAUGCUUAUUCCCACCACGUCGAUGAAGGGCAGGCCACCUCCGCCGCAACCGCAGGUGCUCCUGCAGCAGAACGCGAGCGGACAAUUGCAGUACGUGGUGUCGGGCGGUGUGCCCGGUCAAAAUUACGUGCUGGCGCAGCCGCAGACGGCCUUGGUGCAGGGACAGGCGCAAACCGUCCUCGUGGCGCAGACGACGCAGCAACAGGGGACCGGUACUAAGACAAUUAUCAUACUGCAACCGCAGGCGGCCGCGCAACCGACCCCGCAAAAGAUGGUGGCGGUGACGCCGCAGGGGCAGCAAGUGGUCGUGACGCAGGUUCCUCGUCCGAUCCUGCAGAGCCCGGCGCUCGGUAACAUCCCACCGCCUCUCGUACCCACAUCCGCCACCAUCCCGCAGGCCUCCAUUAUAGUCAACAGCUCGGUGGCGCAGGCCAACCCGAACACGGUGACCGUCACGAUCCCGGCGAUGGCCCAGCAAACUCCAAUAUCCACCAGCGUGCCGUCCAGGGUGGUGACGCCUACCCCGGCGUCCACGCCGCCGCCCACCAGGCCCACGACGCCGCAUCAAGCGGCGGCUACCCACGGUGUGCCCGCUAUCAAGCCGUCGCCCGUUACCAAGAUCAUGAAGACGGUGAGUUCGUCAACCUCUACCGAGCCGGAGUCAAAACCAUCCACGAGUCAACAGCAACAGCAGCAGCAGCAGCAGACGCCACAGCCAGUGCAGGAGAACAAAACCAUCACGAUCAAAAUCGAUCCCAACGCUUACCUGUGCGAGUGGCGGGGCUGUCUUAGACAAUUUAAAACACCGCACGAAGUCUACCUUCACGUUUGCGAGGCCCACUGUCCGACUGGUGGCGAGGAGAUAUUGUGUCUGUGGGCGAGCUGUGACGCUCUCAAGAGACGCAAGUUCUCGUUAAUGACGCAUCUCUACGAUAGGCACUGUAACGCGGACACAAUGUCGAUGAGAAGGAAGCAGUUGACAGUAACGGGUAAAACCGAAGUUUCCACGUCUACGCCUCCGACUCCGCAUCAUCCCGGAUACGCACCCAACGCGGCAUUCCACGCUAUUAAACGGCAUGCUCUGGAAUUCGUUAAUCCUAAGGAGUUAAUGCAGCAAAGGCCGACCAAGCCCGCUGCAGCCACCUCAAGCUCUUCUUCCCCCAGACCUGGGCAAAAUUCUCCACCAGAACAGGAUGACAACGAAGGUCCAGUGACCAAAAGUAUUCGCCUAACGGCAGCUCUCAUUCUUAGGAACCUAGUCAUAUACUCAACACACGGUAGAAGGCAUCUUAGAGCGUACGAGCCCCACUUGGCAGGCGUGGCGUUAAGCAAUGUCGAAUCAUCGAGAACAAUCGCACAAGUCCUUUACGAUAUGAACGACCAGAGUAGCAGUAGCCAUCAUAGGUGACCUCUUGAAUCAGGCCUCUAAAAAGCUCUUUUAAUCUUGCGAGCAGCGAUCAACUUACAUUAUUUCGAAUUACACGGGGAGGAAAGCGGGAGUGUAUUAAGUUUAUAGUCACUUGCCGCGUGCUGAUACAUGCACAUUAGAUGUAUGUACAUGCACGCAUGUAUGCGUGCGUGCCUAUGUGUAUGUGCGUGCGUGCGUGCGUGCGUACGUGCGUACGUGCGUGCAAUGUGUGUCCAUGCACAGUUUGGAGGAUUAGAACUAUAUAGAGAAGAAUGGGAAGAAUAUUGCGAGGAUAAAUGUUCCAUAUAUAGAAAAAAAGAGGCCUAUAAACUUACUAGGCAAAUCAUUUUGCCAAUUUAGAUUAAUAAUAUGAACUGUAACUAUAGUGAAAUACGAAACAAAGACAUUUAGGUCAAAUAUGGAAAAGUGAUAAUGAGACUGCAAGAAACAGAGAGAGAGAGAGAGAGAAAAAGAGAGAAAGUGUAUGUGUGUGCGAUGAAGAUCGAAAAAGAGAGAA